AUGUGGCGUCUCUCGCGUGCAGCGCUUCAGUCGAAUCGCGCGGCGCUCUACAUGCCGUACACCCCCGUAGCGGCUAACCCAGUGGUGUACUUUGACAUCACUGCCGAAGGGGACGCGCUCGGCCGCGUGUCGGUGGAGCUGUUUAGGGAUGUUGUUCCAAAAACAAGCGAGAACUUCCGCUCGCUGUGCACCGGCGAGCGUGGAUAUGGUCAGUGCCUGCUGUACUACAAGGGAAUUCCGUUUCAUCGCAUUAUUCCAGGGUUUGUCAUGCAAGGCGGUGACAUUCUCACCAAGGACGGCCGCAGCAAUGUUAGCGUCUUCGGAUAUCCAUUUUCGGAUGAGUCUUUUGAGGGAAAGGCUGGGAAGCACUUGCCCGGGACUGUCGGCAUGGCACACAGUGGGCCGAACCAAAACGGGUCCCAGUUUUUCUUCAACCUGGGACGCAAUGAGCAGCUUGAUCGAAAGUUUGUCGUCGUGGGACAGGUGUUGGGAGGCUGGGAGAUUAUCAACCAAGUAGUGAAGUUGUGUGGCUCGCGCUGUGGGACUCCCGUGAGUCGUGCCUGGAUCUCUGACUGUGGGCAGAGUGGCGGCUACAUGGCAGAGGAGACGCAGGAGGCCCUACGGGGCGAGCGCGCGCAGCAUGCGAUGCCCGGCAAGGAAGUUCUCGACUUAAUUCAACCGCGGUACUGA